GGAUACAGCUAUAAAGACUGAAUUUUGUCGCGCCUCGAGCACAUUUGCCUCUACGAACUGAGAAAAUGCGCCAUCAUCUCUGCUUGCCUUUGUAUUUUUGCCUCGCCGCAUAUUGGUUACGAUGCUCGUCCGCAAACAAUGUCAAGACACCACCGAAACCCAUAGGCGUUGGCAUUACCCUCGAUGCACGUGUCUUUUACGACAAAACUGUCAAACUGGAAGAAACAUUGAGCGAGAGCACUGGGAAAAAUACAAAUAAUCCAGCAUUUAAAAAAUUCAAAGAAAUAUUUGCAAAGGUACAUCAGGAAUUCAAAACAAGUUCCGUGAUGGUGAACUUUGUGGUGAGGACCGCUAAACUGAAUGAUAACCUGUCUGUACCAUUUGAGAAUAUGACGCAAGCUGUGGAUGGCGAGAAAACGCUCGAGAAUCUGCUAGAGUUCGCCAGGACCAAGACUGUCUCAAAUAACUCUGUGUUCUAUUUUUUUACAAAUCGAAGUAUACUAAAGGAGAGCGGUAAAAAACAUGAAACUGAUCAAGUACCAGUUGAACGUUUUGAAAUGAACACCCGGGGAACGUUCUGUAGUACGAACGCGAGUGCUGCAGUUGUGAGCAUUCCAAAUGAAGCACUUGGUAUUGACUUCGCUGCCCGUGCGACGGCGUUUGUAUUCGGGUCAACACGGUAUAAGAGCUUUACUCGGAGCGAUCGGCGAUAUAUGAAUGAGACGUUCUUGUAA